AAGAACGAAACAUCGGGGGUCGGCUCAAAAAACCUAGUAUGAGGAUGGGAACGGGGUAUGAAAACUUACUAGUGGAGGAAGACUAUUUUGUUCAGAGAAGGAAAGACGAAAGCAAACAAAGUUGAGAAAAGCCAAAUGAAAUCCGAUUUUGAAGUCCGUCGUCUGGACAUUUCCAAGAAGAACAAAACAGAAGAAGAGCCUGAAACGUGCUCCUGAGUUUACCUUUCCCUUAGUAUUCCUCUACGGUCUUGCCCAGGAUAAUAACCCUGUGGCAGUUUCGUUUUUCGUUCUUCUUUUUAUCUUUUUUUUUUUCAUUUUCUUCUUCUUUGGGUUUAGCUAGUUGUCGUGGAUGGGCCAAUCAGCUUCGACGGCGAAACUCACGAGCCGUCGAGAUUGCUACCAUAGCCAACGGUCAAAGUCGAAAUCAACGGCUCUGAUCUGCCCGAUGCAAGCUGAGGAAGCUGAAGAUCUUGAUCGAAGAAGCAUAGAUGGAUUAUCGGAUUUCAUCUCGGAUCUACCCGACGAGUGCUUGGCUUGCAUUUUUCAGUCUCUUAGUCCCGGUGACCGGAAACGAUGCUCUCUCGUUUGCUGGAGGUGGUUAAGGAUUGAAGGACAGAGCCGUCAUCGGCUUUCCCUCAACGCCCAAUCAGAUCUGCACCCUCUGAUUCCUUCCAUAUUCUCUCGCUUCGACGCUGUAACGAAACUGGCUUUGAAAUGUGACCGGAGAUCUGUUAGCAUAGGCGACGACGCGCUUGUCCUAAUCUCUGAGCGUUGCCGGAACUUGACUCGCCUUAAGCUCCGAACCUGCCGUAACUUGACCGAUGCAGGCAUGGCGGCCUUUGCUAAAAACUGCAGGGGCUUAAAGAAGCUCUCGUGUGGAUCUUGCACUUUCGGAGCUAAAGGAAUGAACGCCGUGCUCGACAACUGUCCAGCUCUCGAGGAACUCUCUGUGAAACGACUUCGCGGUAUUGUGGAAGGAGCUGCAGCUGAGCCGAUAGGGCCGGGGGUGUCGGCGGCGGCGUUGAAAACAAUUUGCUUAAAAGAGCUUUAUAAUGGACAGUGCUUUGGUCCGCUAAUUAUUGGUGCAAAGAAUCUGAAAUCUUUAAAACUUUUUAGAUGCUCUGGUGAUUGGGAUAAGCUUUUCCCUCUCAUAGUAGAUCACGUCACAGGUAUGGUAGAGAUCCAUAUGGAGCGGAUCCAAGUCAGCGAUGUCGGUCUCGUGGCGAUAUCCAACUGUUUAAACUUAGAAAUUCUUCACCUUGUUAAGACCCCCGAGUGUACCAACGUUGGACUCGCAGCUGUUGCGGAUAAAUGUAAAUUGUUAAGAAAGCUUCACAUUGAUGGAUGCAAAGCGAAUCGAAUAGGCGAUGAAGGAUUAAACGCUGUCGCCAAAUCUUGCCCUAAUUUACAAGAACUAGUUCUUAUUGGUGUUAAUCCGACAAAGCUGAGUUUGGAAAUGUUAGCUACGAAUUGUCAGAAUUUGGAACGGUUAGCUUUAUGCGGUAGUGAUACAGUUGGUGAUGCGGAGAUUUCGUGUAUUGCUGUGAAAUGUAUAGCUUUAAAGAAGCUUUGUAUUAAGAGUUGCCCUGUUUCGGAUCAUGGAAUGGAAGCGCUUGCUAGUGGUUGCCCUAAUUUGGUUAAAGUGAAGGUGAAGAAAUGUAGAGGAGUAACUUCGGAGGGGGCAGAUUGGUUAAGAGCAAAUAGAGGAUCGCUGGCGGUUAAUUUGGAUACAGGGGAACAUUUAGAUGCAAGUGCCAGUGAUGGUGGGGCACAAGAUAAUGGAGUUGAGUUUCCUCCUGUGAUGUCUGCUCAAAUGGGAGCCCCUAGUAUUGCUUCUAGCAGCACGGGUCGAUCAACAUCGUUCAAGUUGUUAGGACUUUUGAGUGGGAGGAGUUUAGUGGCUUGCACUUUGAGGAGGUUGGCAAGCAGUAAUGGCAGUUCUCGGAGUUAAUUUGGAUGGAAGAGGCGAAGCGGCAAUGAAAAAAGAGGAAAAAAAAAGCACUCUUGGUCUUGAACUGUUUACAUUAUUUUGUUGUAGUAUCCGAUUCUGCUGGUUGUGUAUUUAAUUCAAUGAUGUGUGCUGUUGAUUGCCUUUUGAGUUGAAUCUUCACCUUCAAAAGUGAUAGUUUCUCUUAUAUCUUCCUAUAUUACUGUUCAUUCAGUUUCAAAUUCUUAGUUUCUUUAUUUA